AUGUCGCUCCUGAAUUUGGAAACUAUCGCGAACUUUGAAAAUUUUGUUCGCACACCUGUACUUACAGUAGUACACUUUGCUGCUGACUGGGCAGAGCAAUGUAAGCAAGUAACUGAAGUUCUUAAAGAAUUAAUAAAGCUUCCAGAAGUACAGGCAAGUGGGACCAAAGCCGCUGUUUGUGAUGCUGAAAAACUAUCUGAAAUCUCGUUGCAAUAUAAGAUUGAUUCAGUUCCUACUGUAAUAUUAUUCAGGAAUGGUAUACAAGUAGAUAGGGUGGAUGGCGCCGAUGCAGCACAGAUAUCUUCCAAAGUAAAGUCUCACAGUUCAAAUAAGGCAGCAUCAGGGGACAUCGCGCCCGCGCCCCAAAAACUAGAAGACAGACUGAAAGCAUUAAUUAAUAGACAUAAUGUUAUGAUAUUCAUGAAAGGUAACCGUGAGCAGCCCAGAUGCGGAUUUAGCAAGACUUUAAUUCAAAUCAUGAAUGGCACAGGAGUGGAGUACGACACUUUUGAUAUAUUGGGUGAUGAAGAGGUACGCCAAGGUCUAAAAGUAUACUCAGACUGGCCUACCUACCCUCAGCUGUAUGUCAAAGGAGAAUUAAUUGGGGGAUUAGAUAUUAUCAAAGAACUGUUAGCUAAUGGAGAAUUGGAUGCUACACUUAAACCUUAG